AUGGCCAUGGAAACCCAUUAUUUACAUGCGGUGUUUUUCUUGGUAAAUGUGAUUGUGUUGAGUGUUUCUGGUGCAACAGGAACAAAACAGUAUGGCUCAGCUGUGGGAGACCCAGGAAUGAAAAGAGAUGGAUUGAGAGUGGCCUUUGAAGCUUGGAAUUUUUGCAAUGAAGUUGGCCAAGAAGCUCCAGGCAUGGGUAGCCCCAGAGCAGCUGAUUGCUUUGAUCUCUCAAGUAAGAACAAGCACCAUACAAGGAAACGCACAGUAUUAAAGAGUUCUUCACUGAAACACAAGGUAAGUGAAGCUGAGAAUAAACUUGGGGUGAGCCAGCCUUUCCCAGGUUUGGCCCCAGGAGCCACAGACAAUGCAGACCUUUAUGCAGCGCAGAAGGAGCUGUAUCUGGGUUCUUUAUGUCAAGUUGAGGAUACCCCAAUGCCUUGGCAAUUUUGGAUGGUCAUGCUUAAAAAUGGAAACUAUGACACAAAAUCUGGUUUGUGUCCAAGGAAUGGGAAAAAGGUCCCUCCUUUUAGUCGAGGAAGAUUUCCUUGUUUUGGAAAGGGGUGUAUGAAUCAACCCAUAUUGUAUCAUCAGCAGACUCAGCUUUUAGAUGGUGGUAUAAUGAGAGGAAGUUUCAAUGGGACAUAUGAGUUGGGUUCUCACAUUGGAAGUGGACUUGACGGAAUCUCUUUUUAUGAGGUGGUUUGGCAGAAAAAAGUGGGUUCUGGAAGUUGGGUCUUUAGCCAUAAGCUCAAGACUUCAAAGAAGUACCCAUGGUUGAUGUUGUACCUCAGAGCUGACGCAACUAAAGGAUUUUCUGGAGGGUAUCACUACGACACAAGAGGAAUGCUCAAAAUCCUUCCAGAGUCGCCUGAUUUCAAGAACGAUGGUACUCCAUGUGACGGAGAUGUGCUUACUGACAUAACCAGAUACUGCGAGAUGAUUAUCAAUCCUGAAACUCAAGCUUGGUGCAGUCCUACAAAUCUAGGAAACUGCCCACCAUACCACAUUACUCCAAACAACACAAAAAUUUACAGAAACGAUACAGCUAAAUUCCCAUACAGGGCUUAUCACUACUAUUGUGCUCCAGAGAAUGCUCAAUUUUUAGAGAAACCUGUCAGCACUUGUGACCCAUACAGCAACCCUCAGGCACAAGAGCUAGUUCAGUUGCUGCCUCAUCCCAUAUGGGCUGAGUAUGGCUAUCCAACAAAACGAGGGGAUGGUUGGGUUGGAGAUGCCAAAACUUGGGAGCUUGAUGUGGGUGGACUAGCAAGUAGACUCUACUUCUAUCAGGAUCCAGGUACCCCUCCUGCAAGAAGAAUAUGGACAUCCAUUGAUACGGGUACUGAAAUUUUUGUUAGCGACAAAGAUGAAGUAGCGGAGUGGACUAUUAGUAAUUUUGAUGUUAUUCUCACAUAA